GUACACUAAAUAUUGUAGAUGUGUUUUCUGAAGUGUAAUUAUGAAACUUGUGGGUAUCCUGAGUAAAAGAAAUACUGUGUUUGCAGCCAUGGGGACCCAGUUAUUGCUGUGUUUUGCUGCUCUACUAGUCUCUGAUGUGUGCCAUGCUGGAUGGGCCGGGAGGGAGUUUGCCAUGUCCUUCAUGGAGAACUACAAGACCAGCUACGUUGGCGCUCGUUUCCAGCUACAGAUUUAUGCCCUGCAGGCCGACACCAGCGUGACAGUGAAGGUGUCCAGUUUGAACUUUGUGAAACAGCAGAUGCUGGGGGCCGGACAGGCGGUCACCGUUACCCUCCCUGACGGGGUAGAGAUGGGCGGAACCGAGCUGUCCUCCAAGACGGUCCAGAUUGAGUCCUCUGCAGACGUAACGGUGUCUGCCUUCAACUACAAGCUCUACACGGCCGACACCAGCGUGAUCUAUCCCGUGAGCGAAUGGGGCACAGACUACUACAUUUUCACCCCGUCCGCCACACCCUUGGGCACCUUCAAGGAGUUCUCCAUAAGCAACGGCAAGGAGAAGAACCGUGUGGCGGUGGUGCCCAGUGACCUACUGUUUUACCAAAAACGGCUGUACAUCGCAGGGAGCCAGCUGGUUGUUGACCUCCUGCCCUACCAGAGCAUCCAGAUCCAGUCAAUCUCUGAGCUGACGGGCACCAGAGUGUCCUCCCAGCUCCCUGUGGCUGUCUUCACGGGCCACACCUGCACCUGGAAGUUUUCCAAGUGCAACCACGUCUUUGAGCAGCUGCUGCCCGUCUCCAGCUGGGGAUCCAGCUUCAUCGUGCCUCCCCUCAGCUUCCAGAAAGACCAGAGCACAGUCAUCAUCCAGGCCUCCCAGGCCACCCGCGUCACGGUGCGAAAGGGGAGCAAGGUCGACGUCGUCUCACUGGACCAGGGGAAGGCUAAAGAGUUUGACAUCCAGCAGCCAGACUCCAUGACCAUCCAGGCCGACCAUGGCGUUCAGGUGCUGCUGCUCUUCAACGGGGUCAUGCUGGACAAGGGCCAAAUAUACGACCCCUUCCUGAUGACCGUGUUGCCCUCCCAGCGCUUCUGCUCCUCCUACUUCCUGGAAGGCCAGGAUGGCUUUCAGAACAAGGCCCUACUGGUGGUGAAGACCAAUGAGCUUGCCACUCUGCGCUUUGACGGCAAACCCCUGCCCGACACUGUCCAGUGGACGAGCAUCUCAGCUAGUGAGUUCUCCUGGGCAGAGAUGGCCUACCCUCAGGGGUACCCUGACAACAGACACAAUUUGACCCUUGGCAGUCCGUUUGCCCUCUACAGCGUGGGGGUCAGUUACAUGAAUGGCUAUGGUUCUCCUGCCCUCUGCGGCCAGGCAGGUCAUUUCCCAAUGACCUGCAGCGAUAUGACCUGCAAGGCAGAUGAGGUGUGCGAGAUGAAGCAGGAGAUACCCACCUGCUACAAGAAGCCAGCCGAGGCCGGCACCUGUUGGGCCAUGGGCGAUCCCCACUACCGCACCUUUGACGGGCGAUUCUAUAACUUCAUGGGCACGUGCACAUACGUCUUUGCCAAUAAAUGUGCGGCGAAAGACGUGCUGCCAGGCUUCGAGGUCCUAUCCCAGAAUGAGAACCGGGGCAGUCUCAGGGUGUCGUAUGUGGGCGUGGUUACGGUGAAGGUCUACGGCCUCACCAUCACAGUGAUGCGGACUGAGACUGGCCGUGUCAGGAUUGACUAUGGCCUGUGGAAUCUGCCUGUGGUUCUGAACGAGGGAAAGGUGGUCUUGUCCCAGAUGGGUCGCUUUGCGGUCAUUCAGACCGACUUUGGCCUGACCGUGAAGUAUGACUGGGAACAUCAUCUCGUGGUCUCACUGCCCGCCAGCUACGCUGGCAAGACCUGCGGCCUGUGCGGCAAUUUCAACGGGAACCCCAACGAUGACUACUCCACACCUUUGGGCACGCAGGCAGGUGGGGUGCCGGCAUUCGGGAGCAGCUGGAAGGUUCCAGGCCUGGUGAAGGACGCCCUGUGCGCAGACGAGUGUGUGGGAGGCUGUGAUCGCUGUGAGAGCAGCCAGAUGAAGCUAUUUGAGGGCGAGCUGUACUGCGGUCUGAUCGGCCUAGUGGCCAAAGGCCCAUUUAGCAGCUGCCAUUCUGUCGUCCCCCCACAAGCCUACCUUGACAACUGCAAAUUUGACUUGUGCAUGGGAGGAGGCCUCAGGACCUUCCUCUGUCGGGCUCUAGAGACCUACACCGACGCCUGCCAGAAGGCUGGCAUCCAGGUCCAAGACUGGAGAGCCCUCGCCCGUUGUCCUUCCCAGUGCCCAGCCAACAGCCACUAUGAACUGUGUGGGAGCCCCUGUCCUGCCACCUGUGCCGACCCCACUGCCCCCACGAAAUGUAAGGGUCCAUGUGUGGAGGCUUGCACCUGUAACACUGGCUUUGUCCUGAGUGGAGGGAAGUGUGUGCCCACUGCCAAAUGUGGUUGCUCCUACCUUGGUCGCAAUGUCCCUGCCGGCGAGUCCUUCUGGGUUGACCAGACCUGCAAAAGACGCUGCCGCUGUGUGCCAGAGAGCGGGCGCGUGGAGUGCCAGGACACAGGUUGUCGGGCAGGACAGCAGUGCCAGGUGGUGGAUGGCAUACGAGACUGCUACCCUGUCUCCUACAGCACCUGCCAGGCCAAAGGCGAUCCCCACUACCUGACCUUUGACCAGCAGCGCUUCAACUUCCAGGGCACGUGUGUGUACCAGCUGGCUGGGCUCUGCUCCAGUGACCCUGGUCUGGUGCCCUUCCAAGUGUUGGUGCAGAACGACUUCCGGGGUAGCAGGGUGGUGUCUUACACCAAGCUGGUAGAGGUCAAGGUCUACUCUCAGACCAUCUCCAUCAGUAGGGCGUACAAGGGCCAAGUCAUGGUAAAUGGAGAGUUGCUGAACCUGCCAGUGUCCCUGAGUGAAGGCCAGAUAUCGGUCUACAAGAGCGGCUGGUACGCUGUGGUCACCACAGACUUUGGCCUCAAGGUCUCCUUCGACUGGAACAGCAACGCCUUCGUCACCCUUCCCAGUACCUACCAGGGCGCUGUCUGUGGCCUGUGCGGCAAUUACAACGGCAAGCCCCAGGACGACCUCAUACCCAUGAACGGAAAAGCUCCGGUGAACGCUCUGGAGUUUGGCGGAAGCUGGAUUGUGGAAGAGAUCCCUGGUUGCGUCCAUGGCUGUAAGGGCACCUGUCCCGAGUGUGACGUGACCCAGAAGAGGGCGUACGAAACGGGCGACUUCUGUGGGCUCCUGAGAGACCCCAAGGGCCCAUUCAGGGACUGCCACAGCCAGGUGGAUCCAGCGGGCUACUUUGAAGACUGUGUUUAUGACGUGUGUCUGUACAAGGGCAGGAAGGACGUGCUGUGCCAGGCCCUCACUGCCUACACCUCAGCCUGCCAGGCCACAGGAGCCAAGGUCUACAACUGGAGGUCGAGCCAGCUCUGUGAGGUGCGUUGCUCGGCCAACAGCCACUACGAUGUGUGUGCGUCCAACUGCCCUGCCACCUGCAGCAGCCUGUCGUCACCGCAGGGCUGCCAGGCCCAGUGCAAGGAGGGCUGCUCCUGCGACGAAGGCCACAUCCUCAGCGGGGACAGCUGUGUACCUUUCUCCCAGUGUGGCUGUCUCCAAGGCGGUCGCUACUACCAGGUGGGGCAGGUGUUCUACCCUAAUGGAAAGUGUGACGAGGAGUGCAGCUGCGCACAGGAUGGACAGGUGGCGUGUAAGAAGUUCUCCUGUGGUCCGAAUGAGAAGUGUGAGGUGUUGGACGGAGUCCAGAAAUGCAAUCCGGUGGGUAAGGCUGUGUGCCAAGCGUCUGGCGACCCCCACUACUUGUCCUUCGAUGGCCUGGCUUUCGACUUCCAGGGCACCUGCACCUAUACCCUGGCCAAGGCCUGCGGGCUGGAUGGCACCCAGCUGGUGCCUUUUGCUGUGCAGGUGGAAAACGAGUCUUGGAACAACCGCAAGGUUGCCGUCACCAAACUGGUGGCGCUGGAGGUCUACGGCUUCACCCUCAUCUUCAGAAACGACAUGUUUGGAGUCCUGGUGGAUGGCGUGUUCAACAACCUGCCCCUGAGUCUGAACAAUGGAGUCGUGCAGGUGUACAAGCAGGGCUUCCACUACACCAUAUCCACAGACUUUGGCCUGCUUGUGACCUAUGACCUCGUCUACCACGUCACAGUCACCGUGCCUGGCAACUACCGCGACAAGACUUGCGGCCUCUGUGGCAGCUUUAACGGAAACCGUGCUGAUGACUUCACCAUGUCCAACAAUCGGGUGACGAAGGAUGUCAAUGCGUUCGGGGCUUCCUGGAAGGUGGCCAUAAAGGGUGUGGUGUGCGACGACGGCUGUUCUGGCACCGCGUGUCCGGUUUGUGACCCCCCGAAGAGGGCCGUGUUUGAAAAGCCCAGCCACUGUGGGGUCAUGACGGCUCCCAAGGGCCCCUUCGCAGCCUGCCGCAGUAAACUGGACCCAGUGUCUUACUUCAACGACUGCGUGUAUGAUUUGUGCGUCUCCGAGGGCGACGAGAAGGUGCUGUGUGACAGUGUGGCGGCCUACGCCUUCAACUGUCACAUGGCAGGGGUGGACCUCGACUGGAGGACUUCCUCCUUCUGUCCCAUGAAGUGUCCAGUUAACAGUCAUUAUGAGGCGUGUGCUGAUGCCUGCUCUUCAGCCUGUCCUAGUCUGACUGACGUCGUGAAGUGCUCCAAGUGUUCUGAGGGCUGCGAAUGUGACGCUGGCUUCCUCUUCAACGGCCAGACCUGCGUCCAGCAGGAUCGGUGUGGCUGCUAUGACAACGGACGGACAUACCUGGCUGGUGAGGUGGCGUACUUGGGAGACUGCAGUCAGAAGUGCUCCUGUGACCCUCUGAAGGGGCUUGUCUGCGUGGCCCACUCCUGCCCCGCAAACACCAAGUGUCUGAUCAAAAAAGACGUCAAGUCCUGCUACAACACAGAUCCCUGUAAGGAUGCUGGGUGUCGUGCGAAGGAGACGUGUCGAGUGGAGAAGGGUGAGGCCGCGUGCGUUCCCCAGUACACCGGAAUCUGCUGGGCUUGGGGGGACCCCCACUACCACACCUUCGACGGCUUCAACUAUGACUUCCAGGGCACCUGUAGGUACAUCAUCUCUGAGACCUGUGGCGACCUGGCCGGCCUCACGCCCUUCAGCAUCACCGAGAGCAACGACAACCGCGGCAACACCGCCGUCUCGUUCGUUCGAGAGGUCAAGGUGGCCGUCUAUGGAUUCACGAUCGCCAUACUGAAGAACCAGAUAGGCCGAGUCAUGGUUGAUGGACAGGUGUUGAACUUGCCACUCAACCUAGGCCAGGUCACCGUGUCCCAGUCUGGUGGCACUGCUGUCAUACAGACUGACUUCGGCCUCCGCGUCUCCUACGACUGGAACUGGAAAGUCGUAGUGGCGUUGCCCAGCAGCUACUUUGCCAGUGUCUGCGGCCUGUGCGGAAACUUCAACGGCAACGUUGCCGAUGAGCUGCAGAACGCGACGGGCAAGACCAUGCCCUCAGUGGUGGACUGGGCCAAAGGAUGGAAGUCGGCCGACCAAGAGGACACUCCCUGUGCAGACGCGUGCAAGGGGAAAUGCCCAGAGUGUGAGGAAAGCGCCCGUAAGCUGUACCAGUCAGAAGCCUCCUGUGGGAUCCUCACCGCCAAGGCCAAGAGUGUGUUCCAGGUGUGCCACAGCAAGGUGGACCCUCAGACCUUCAUGGACAGCUGUGUGUACGACCUGUGUGUGACAAAGGGAGACAAGAAGAUGCUGUGCCAGGCUCUGGCCUCCUUCACAGAGCAGUGUCGUCAGGUGGGCAUCGUGGUGAAGGACUGGAGGACCCAGUUUGGCUGUCCGAUGAACUGCCAGUCCAACAGCCACUACGACAUCUGCGCCAGCCCGUGCCAGCCAUCCUGCCCCUUCCCUGAGCAGAGGCCGACCUGUCCCGACACCUGCGUCGAGGCCUGUGUGUGCGACAAGGGUUACGUGCUCAGCGCUGGCGUCUGCGUGCCGGCCAAGACGUGCGGCUGCUCCUACCAGGGCCGCUACUACCAGGCCGGCGAGCGCUUCUGGGCCGACGAGGCGUGCGGGCGCCUGUGCGAGUGCGACGCCACCCUGGGCAUGGUCGUGUGCCGCGUCGCCUCCUGCUCCGCCAAGGAGCAGUGUGGCCUGGUGGGCGGCAAGCGCGCCUGCAGCCCCGUCGGUUCGGCGACGUGUGUGGCAGCGGGUGAUCCCCACUACCAGACGUUCGACGGACGCCGCUUUGACUUCCAGGGGACGUGCGUGUACCAGCUGGUGGCGCUGUGCGCCGAGAAGGCCGAGCUCGUCCCCUUUAAGGUGACCGUGCAGAACGAUCACCGAGGGAGCAUGGCCGUGUCUUUCACCAAGACCGUCGUCCUGUCGAUGUACGGGGUUUCCGUCACCAUCAGCAAGGACUACCCCUCUAUGAUCCUGCUCGAUGGACAGCUGUCGUCUCUGCCUCUGGACUUUAACGGUCAGCUCCGCGUGUUCCGUAGUGGCGCAGCGGCUGUGGUAGAGACAUCCGCCGGCAUCUCUCUGACCUUCGACUGGCGCAGUGUGGUGAAGGUCACUGUGCCCAGCACCUACCAGGGUGCUGUCUGUGGCCUGUGUGGCAACUACAACACCCAGCCCCAGGAUGACCUGGGCAUGCGUGAUGGCCAGAUUGCCUCAGACCCUUCCAAACUGGGGGAGAGCUGGCGCGUGGGGCUGGUGCCAGGCUGUACCAGUGGAUGCCAGGCAGGGUGCCAGGGGUGCUCAGACUCCCAGAAGGAGACCUUCAAGGGCCAGGCCUACUGUGGCAUCAUCACCAACAAGCAGGGGCCUUUCAAAGACUGCCACGGCCGAGUCGACCCCACGGGCUUCUUUGAGGACUGCGUUUUCGACACCUGCCAUUACCAUGGUUACCGCGGGGCUGUGUGUGACGCUGUAGCAGCCUAUGUGUCCGCCUGCCAGGGUCAGGGGGCCAGUGUGGGCACCUGGAGGACCCCCAACUUCUGUCCAUUGGUCUGUCCGGCGAACAGCCAGUACAGCCUCUGUGCCCCUGCUUGUCCUGCCACCUGCGCCAGCCUCUCCUCCCUUUCCAGCUGCAAACGGCCCUGCGCUGAGGGCUGCCAGUGUGACGAGGGCUACCUCCUGAGCGGCGAGGCGUGCGUGCCCGUGGCCAAGUGCGGCUGCUCCUACGGAGGGCGCUACUACAGGAUGGGUGACAUCUUCUACUCGGAGGACAAGUGUCUGGAGCAGUGCAGCUGUGGAGAGAAUGGCGCCGUGACCUGCCAGAAGGCCAAGUGUCGACCAGGGGAGGUCUGUAAGGUGGCGAAGGGGGUGCAGGCCUGCUACCCGGAGAGCGAGGCAAAGUGCGUGGCGUCAGGGGACCCCCACUACAUAACGUUUGAUGGGCGUAGAUUUGACUUCCAGGGCAUCUGUGUGUACACGCUGGCUAAGGUGUGUGACAAUGCCAAAGGCCAGCUGAGCUCCUUCGCAGUCACCCAGGGGAAUGAGAAGUAUGGCAACGGGAGAGUGGCGGUGACAAAGACCGUAGCUGUGGAGGUCUACGGCCACAUUGUCAGCAUUGAACAAGGGGUGAAAUGGAGAGUUAUUGUGGAUGACGAGUGGAUGAACCUGCCCCUCUCUCUGAGCGAGGGCCGUGUGACGGUGAGCCAGGAGGGCCGCAACAUCAUCGUCCAGAGCGACUUUGGUCUGCGGGUUCUCUACGACACGACGUACUACGUCGAGGUCGUCGUGCCCUCCACCUAUCAGGGCAAGAUGUGCGGCCUCUGUGGCAACUACGACAAAAACCCCGCAGACGACUUCAGCCUCCCUGGUGGCAAGCAGACGAGAAUCGUGGACGAUUUUGGCAGCGCCUGGGUGGUGGACCUCCCUGGCUCCGUGUGUGGAGGCUGCGGCGGGCAGUGCCCUGCAUGUGACCAAGCCAAAGCCGCCCUCUAUGGCAAGCCAGACUCCUGCGGGAUCAUAACGGCCGCCGGUGGGCCCUUCCAGGCUUGCCACGGCAAGGUAGACCCAGCGCCGUACUUUGCCCACUGUGUGUAUGACGUGUGUGCCCUGGAGGGAGACAGGGAGACCCUGUGUCAGGGCGUCCAGGCCUACGCCGUCGCCUGUCAGCACGCCGGGGUCCAGAUCCAGCCCUGGAGGAGCCCUUCUUUCUGCCCCGCCACAUGCCCAGCUAACAGCCACUUUGAGCAGUGUGCCGACACCUGCGCCUCCAGCUGCGCCAGUCUGAUGUCCCCCUUCCCCUGCUCCGACACCUGCUUCGAGGGCUGCCUGUGUGACGCGGGCUUUGUGUCUGAUGGCGACAAGUGCGUUUCCAUGGAAACGUGCGGGUGCAUCCACGAGGGGCAGUACCUACAGGUGGGUCAGACAGUCGUGAACAAAGACUGCAACUCCAAGUGUGUGUGUCAGGCCUCUGGGGUGGUGAACUGCCAGCAGGUGUCCUGUGCCAGCGGAGAGGUCUGUGAUGUAAGGGAUGGGGUAAGGGCAUGCCAUCCCAAGCAGGGUCGCUGCCUGGUCAGCCCUGCGGCCUACCUGACCUCCUUCGAUGGCAUGGCGGGGGCAACGGGAGGCCUGGGGGCGUUCGAGGUAGCCUCCCUGUGCGACCAGGCGCCUGCCGUCUGGUUCCGCGUUGUGGUGGACGUGCGCGUGUGCAGCAAAGGAGCAGCUCCCGCCGUGGCCGCGGUCUACGUGUUCUUCAAGGACGUCGCCGUCGCAGUGAACAGCGAGCACCUCGUCUGGGUGAAUGGCAGGAAGACGUCCCUUCCCAGCACGUUGGCCGAUCACUUGACUGUCCAGGUUUAUAACAGGAUGGUGGUCGUCGAGAGGACUUCCUCCGUGCGCGUCACCUACUCCAUCUCCCAGGAAGUCAUCGUAACCGUUGGUAACCAGCUGGCCGGCAAGGUCUGCGGCGCCUGUGGCAACUACAACGACAACCCCAAGGAUGACCUGAAGACUGCAGAUGGAGCACCCUCCAGUGAUGUGUCUGUGAUCGUUGGGUCCUGGAGGGCCUGGGACUUCUCUAACUGUGGCCUGUAGAAGAUGUGACUCCAACAGCAUACCAAGUCUCACUGUCCUUGUCCACGUCAAUGCCAGGAGUAUGUUGAUGGUGGAGCUUGGGUCACUGCAUUGUACAUGACAUCUGGGAAUGUUGUAUGCCAGAAUGAAUCAUGCUUAGAUCUGAUCAAUGUUUCCAUUUCUGUAAUAUCUAAAAGUUCAUUACUAAUGCUUUGUAAUUGAUACUGUUUUACUGACUAAUACUUUAACUGACUUUGGUGUCUGCAAAAAUAAAGAAACUUUCCUUGUA